AUGCAGGCAUUCGUCCCUAAAAACAGGAGGCCCAGAUUUGAGGUUGUCCUCAGGAUAAACGACAUCAACAAUGUCCCUCUGGGCAACGGCACUGUUUGGGUGCGUUGGCGCCUGCCAUCAUCUAGUGCCACUGAAAAUCAGGGUCAUACCGAGAAAGCGCCUCUAUCUGAUCACCGUGCCUACUGGAAUUAUGAGAAGGCUCUCCACGUAAGACUCACUAUUGACCGAAACUCCAUGCUUCAGGAGUGUGAGAUCAAUUUUGAGAUCAUUCAAGAGUUUCAUUCUUCUCCUUCCAACGAGAAGAAUGUGCUGGGGAAAAUCAAGCUGAAUCUUGCCGAAUAUGUGGACAAGGUUGAUGAAGAUGAAGGCGUUGUCAGGCGAUACUUGAUGUCGGACUGUAAAGUUAAUAGCACCGUCAAGAUUGGCAUCGCUAUUCGCCAAGUUGAAGGGGAUCGCAGUUUCACCACGCCACCUCUCAAGUCUGCUACCGUCUUUGGGGGAAUUGCAAGAGUCGUCCACUCUGCCGAACCGGGUGACUCGGAGGAACUCGGACAUCUUCCAUCCAUCAACACCAAGAGCAGAGAAGUGGCUGAUAUGCAAGACAUGUAUCGCCGCACUCUCGCAGCAUCAUGGACCUCUCGGGCCCGUGAUCUGCCCGCAGAUAAGCUGGUCGAGGAACUCUUUGCGGGGAGUUCCUGCUGGAACAAUGAAUCCCACAAUAACCAGUACGAGUCUUAUCCAGACCGCCAUAAUGAUCAUCUCACGGCAGAGGCUGCAGCUCAGCAACCACGUUCCGGGAAACAGCUGUCGCCAAGCUUUGAGAGGCGCUCUAAGAGCGGUUCGAGUAACCAUUCACAAGGUAGUGGAAAGACACUCGACUCGCAUUCUACUCUCGUCAACCCGCAGAAGGGUGGCAGCAUCGAGCAGCAACUUUAUGAUGGGGCGAAAGGACGGGGCUGGAAGCACCGGCAUGCUGAGCACGAACUGUCUGAGUUUGACGUGAGAGAAGAUUUACGGAGCUGGGACAUUACAGCAAAGGAUGAGCAAUAA